AGGAAGGAACACAUAUCCAACGAGGGCAAACGAGAGGGACCGAGCAGAAGCGAAACGCUGUGCGCAAAAAACAACCCCGUGGCUGCGGCAGCGGAGGAGAGCUGGGUGCCUGCGCGUCUCCAAAAUAACUGGCCGUCCGACUCAAAUGCUCUCAAAGCGACAAGUUUCACUUUCCACAUGCGGAUGGAUGACUUUCCACGGCGCUUUGUGAGGAGGAGAUGAUGAAGAAUUUCAGCAGCAGUCCCCUUCACAGCAACAACCAACAACCACCCAACCACGUUAGAGAGCGAAACAACAGAAAGUACAGUUUACUCUCUGCUCUGCCGUUGCGAUUUUCCUUGCGAGGUUAUGGUUUCUGCAUGGCUACGCUGUUCCUCUUCUGUUUCGGGUCCCUUUUUUACCAGCUGAACGGAGGACCCCCUAAAAUCCUGCUGGACAUCCGACAGUAUCUCGAUGUGUGUGGGAAAAAGCACUGGUCAGUCAAAAUGGCCACCGGCAGGCUCUUUAUCCAUAAGGACAGCCUGGCAAGACAGCUGGUGUCGGGCCCACAAGCCCACAAGCCGAGACAAGGUGAAUCCACAUAUCUAGAUGACCACGGACCUCCUGUUCCAAGAGUGCUCCCGUUCCCCAGCCAGGUGGUUUAUAACCGUGUAGGGAAGUGCGGCAGCCGGACGGUGGUCAUCUUGCUGAGAUUACUGGCUGAGAAACACCAGUUCAACCUGGUCUCCUCUGACAUCCACAAUAAAACACGCCUCACAAAACAUGAACAGGUGGAUCUGAUGAAAAAUAUCAGUAAUAUCCCUCAGCCAUUCCUCUAUACACGGCAUGUUCACUUCCUCAACUUUACCAGGUUCAGGAUAGAACAGCCGGUCUAUAUCAACAUAAUCCGGGACCCCAUCAACCGGUUCCUCUCCAACUACUUCUUCCGUCGCUUUGGUGACUGGAGGGGGGAGCAGAACCACCUCAUCCGCACUCCAGGGAUGAAAGAUGAUGAGAGAUACCUGGAUAUCAAUGUUUGCAUUCUCGAGAAUUACCCAGAGUGCUCCAACCCCAGAGUUUUCUACAUCAUUCCCUACUUCUGUGGACAGCAUCCUCAAUGCAGGGAGCCAGGAGUAUGGGCUCUGGAGAGGGCCAAACAGAAUGUGCUGGAGAACUACCUCCUUGUGGGUAUCCUGGAGGAGCUGGAGGAUGUUCUGCUCCUGUUGGAGAGGCUCUUACCUCAUUACUUUACUGGAGUACUCAACAUCUACAAGAGCCCUGACUAUAAGAAGAUGGGGAACAUGACAGGCACAGUACGUAAACACACGCCCACUCUGGAGGCCCUGCAGGUGCUGUAUCACCGCAUGCGCUACGAGUAUGAGUUCUACAACUUCAUCCGAGAUCAGUUCCACCUCAUGAAGAAAAAAAUUGGCCUCAAGUCUGUCUCACAACCCCCCGCCCACUCGCCCUCUUUCCUACGAGAGCUUGCCCUCCGAACCCCAGAGCCUCUGGAUGAAGAAGAGGAGCUGGACGCAGACUUGGAGGAUGCCAACAGCUGGCUGGUCCAUCCCUAAAAGGCUGUUUGAUAAACAGUGGAUGUAGCCAAAAAAAAAAAGAAGCUGAUUGGCUAGAGAUAGCUGGACGCAGCCUGAGGGCAAAGGGGGGCAUUCCCCGUCUUUCAGCAUUCCUAAGAAAAGUGAGGUGUGUUUAGGGGUGUGUGGAUCCUGACGCUCGUGUUUUUUCGGGCUCUGUUUUCCAUUUGCAAUAGACUCCUAUCAUGACAGGCUCAGCACUGAGGACGAUAGGGUUGAGUAAUUGGAAGGACAAAAUGCUCUAUUUAAAAAAAUAUAAUGUCCAAGGACAGUUGGGAAUAAUGUUAGGCUCAACUUGCUUGAUUCAAGUUUUGUUUAAUUUGAGCUCGCUUUUGGGCCAAUGUAAAAACAAAAACAAAAACAUCAUCGCUGUAAUCUCCAGGAGAGAUUAGCGGAAGAUGUGAAUAGGUAAUUGUGUUGGGAAAUAUUGGUCGCUGGGGGUGUUUACUGUAGGAGAGGACUUCAGAGACAUAGCCCAAGUUCAUACUUGGGUUAAUGUCCUAAAAGCUGGAAUGGGAAAUGGUAUCCACAAAUAAAAUAAAAGUACCAAAACCCUUUUUUGUAUAUUAGUUGUCUAGGACUGUUGUAAGUGCCAAACCUCGCUAAGAGUUCCUGUAACUGACAGGAAACCUCUGUGCACAGCUGGUAGAGUUGUGACAUAAGCAAGUCAGUUGUUAUAGUAUUUGAUUUAUAACAUUUUGUUUAAUUUGUAAGAUAUUAUUAGGUAUAAAUGAGGGUUAAAAAGUAAGCACUCGAUUAUGAAUUCAAAGAAUUCCAACUGUGUGUGCAUGAAUGAUUGAAUUUGACCAAACCGGCGGUGUAUUUGAGCAUAGAUUAAUUAUUUGGGACGGGUCAUUUGAUGAGAGUCAAACAUUAAAAAGCAUUUAUGGAGUGUAGUUUGUUUAAUCCAAAGUCUAAAAGAUUGAGCUUGCCAAAUACCAGUGUUUCUACUGCGAUGCAUUACAAAACUGUAUGAAUAUAUACACUGCACUUUUCAACGGUGACUUUUCCUGAAAUUCUGCAGCGAAAUGAGGGGUUUGGUCACAAAACUGGAUACAUAUUUGCCUUUCAUUUCAUAUAGGAUUAUGUCGCUGUUCAAGGUUUGUUGUCUCUCUCAAAAGUGUAAUCCUCCAGCAGCUAUUCAGAGCGCAUGUUUUUCAUUAUUCAUGUGCAAAUCAUACAGAGAACAGUAACCAUAAGCUAAUAUGUGACUGUCAGCUACGUAGUUCACUAUACCCUAGUCUCCAUUAUUGUCUGUACCUUUUCAUUGUCCUGGUUUGUGUUCAGUGUUUCCUUUUUUUGCCAGUUUAAUUUAUUAUUUUGUAUUCAUUUGCAUUCCAGAUAAGAUUCUCAGGAAGGAAAAAAAGAUGUUUUAUAACUUGAUCAUUUGUAUCUUUGGUUUCUGGCGGCUAUGAAACUAUUCUUGGUAUUAUAAGGUUGUCUAGAAUGGGUUUAUAUCAACAGCUGAAAACUUGUUAACAACAACUAAUGGAGUCCAUCAUUUUAUAGUCUUCAAAAUAAAUGUCUUUUAACUAUUGCA